AUGGCCUCCUCCGAAGUUCACCAUCUAUUCCAUGCUCCCAUUGCCGACCACUCGUUCUCUCAGGACAAGGGUACCCUUGCCGUUGCCCGAGACAACAGCGUUGACCUUUAUCAGCUAGAAGGCAACAAGUUUUCCCUGCAAGAUGAAUUGAAAGGUCACGACAAGACGGUUACCAGUGUCGAUAUCGCCCCGAACAGUGGGCGUAUUGUGACAUGCUCUCAAGACCGCAAUGCCUAUGUCUGGGAACGAACUGCGAACGGCUGGAAGCCAACACUUGUGCUCCUCCGAAUCAACCGUGCUGCCACCUUUGUCCGUUGGUCUCCCUCUGAGCAAAAGUUUGCGGUGGGCUCCGGAGCUCGCGUGAUUGCCGUUUGCUACUUUGAAGAAGAGAAUGACUGGUGGAUUUCGAAACAUCUCAAGAAGCCCAUCCGGAGUACAAUCACUACGCUUGCAUGGCACCCGAACUCUGUCUUGCUGGCAGCUGGAUCUACCGACUCUCACGCAAGGGUGUUUUCUAGUUACAUCAAGGGUAUUGAUGAGAGACCUGAACCAUCCGCUUGGGGCGAGCGUCUUCCUUUCAACACCGUCUGUGGCGAAUUUUUGAACAAUACCGCCGGGUGGAUUCACGGUGUUGCUUUCUCUCCUAGUGGAAAUGCCCUCGCGUUUUCGGCUCACGAUAGCAGCGUUACUGUCGUGUACCCAAGCGCCCCCGACCAGCCACCACGGGCCAUGUUGAAUAUCAACACUAGACUGUUGCCAUUCACAAGCCUUAUUUGGAACGGCGAAUCCGAGAUUAUUGCUGGUGGUCAUGACUGCGAAGUUCAUCGACUUCAAGGAGACGAGAAUGGAUGGCAGCUAGCCGGAUCCUUGGAAAUCAAAAGCGACCAAGCUGGUGCUGCCCGUGAGGAGUCGGCUUUGAAUAUGUUCCGUCAGAUGGAUCUUCGCGGCCAGGCCCAAAGCAACACUAAACUCGACACCGUUCACCAGAACACGAUCAGCACGGUUCGAGUCUAUGAAGAGCAGGGCGGCCAUGUGAAGAAAUUCUCUAAUCCCUCUCUUGAGUUCAUCGUGACAGAGGAUUGGAAAAUCAAAGUUGAUCGGCAGCUCACAGAGGCAGAAAACCUCUGUCAAGCUCGUCACCAUGUUAUCGCGCUCGCUCACGACCAGAUCAGCAAUACCCCUGUGAUGCUCAAAAUCAGUUACGAUUUGGACCUAAAAGGAUCUGGUCUUAGAUAUGAGGCAAUUGAGAAAGCAAAGGACCGGAAUGAACAGUGUUACUUCAUCGAAAUUGAUUUGGUCGAACUCGUUCACAACAUCGGUCAUGCACCUGAGCUGUUGGGCUGGUUCACGAACCGAUAA